CCUCUCUGCGAAGAUGUGCUCCACGAACCCAGGCAACUGGGUCACCUUUGAUGACGACCCCACCUUCCAGUCUUCCCCCAAGCCCAAGAGUCUCCCUCUGGAGGGUGCAGGCGUCUGUCGGCCCAAUGGCCUCAAGCUCAACCUUGCAGGCUCCAGGGAGCUGUCCAGUGGUGCGUCCUCGGCCAGCAGCACCCCGCUGCCCUCGCCUAUCGUGGACUUCUACUUCAGUCCAGGACCCCCGAGUAACUCCCCCCUUUGCACACCCACCCGAGACUUCCCCGGCUUUCCUGGCCUCCCCAAAACGGGGAGUCACACGCUUUAUCCUAUCCCAGAAACGUCCACCAACAGCCCCCUCCCGCCGUCCUCACUGCCUGCCAAGCCCGCGGGAGUGACCCCUGCUCCCUCGCUCGGUGACCACACAGGCCCACACCCCCUUCCUAAGGUGACCCCCGCCGCUGAGGAGACCCCUCCCCAGGCUGAGAGCGAUGCCCCCCAGUUCCAGUAUUUCCGGGAGGACUGUGCGUUUUCCAGUCCGUUUUGGAAAGAAGAAGGCUGUGUGUCUCCGUUUCCCACGGGCACCCCGGGGAGCAGAAAGCACUUAGCAUCAAGAGAGCGAGAGAUGCUCAUGGACCAGAAGAGCCUAAACCAGUGCUCACUCAGCUACAUCUGCGAGAGGCUGGAGAAUCUCCAGUCGGCCGAGAGCCGAGACUCCCUUGGGCAUUUACCCGCGGCGUGUCUGGGUGUCGAGGGCCCGGCUUCUUCCUUCGUCCCCCAGACGCUAUUCCGGAGUCGGCCCCAAGCGGGCUGGUCUUUCAUGCUGAGGAUUCCCGAGAAGAAGAACAUGAUGUCUUCCCGCCAGUGGGGACCGAUUUUUCUCCAAGUCUUACCCGGGGGGAUUUUGCAAAUGUAUUACGAGAAGGGGUUGGAGAAACCAUUCAAAGAGUUCCAGCUGGACCCACAAUGCAGGCUCUCAGAACCCAAAGUGGAAAACUUUAGCGUGGCAGGAAAAAUCCACACGGUGAAGAUCGAGCACGUGUCUUACACGGAGAAACGCAAGUACCACGCGAAGACGGAGCUGGUCCAUGAGCCGGAUGUGGAGCAGAUGCUGAAGUUGGGCUCCCCGGAUUUCCAGGACUUCCUGAGCUUCCUCACCACCGUGGAGGAGGAGCUGGUGAGGAUGCCCGCUGUGGCGAAACCGAGAAAGAACUACGAGGAGCAAGAAAUUUCACUCGAAAUAGUGGACAACUUUUGGGGCAGAAUCACCAAGGAAGAGGGGAAGUGGGUGGAAAGCACCGUGAUCACGCAGAUCUCCUGCCUCUGUUUCGUGAACGGAAACGUGGAUUGCUUUUUGACCUUGAAUGACCUGGAACUGCAGAAGCGAGAUGAACGCUAUUUUGAAAAGGACUCGGAGAAGAAGGGGAUCAGUAUCCUCGACUAUCAUUUUUAUCACUGUGUGAGAGCACAGGAGUUCGAACAGUCCAGGAUCAUCAAGUUUGCCCCCCUGGACGCUUGCCGCUUUGAGCUGAUGCGCUUCAAGACCGAAUACAAUGAGGAAGAGCUCCCCUUCACCCUCAAGUCUGUGGUGGUGGUGCAGGGGGCCUAUGUGGAGCUCCAGGCCUUUGUCACUAUGUCCCCAUCAGCGCAGAGGCAGGUCGGCUCCUUGAGGUCCUGUGACAACAUCCAGAUACGCUUCCCUGUGCCUGCACAGUGGAUCAAGGCCCUCUGGACCAUGAACCUCCAGCGGCAGAGAUCCCUAAAAGCCAAGAUGAAUCGCAGGGCGUGUCUGGGGAACUUCCAGGAGCCGGAAUCCGAGCCUGUCAUCCAGGUCACUGUGGGCUCAGCCAAGUACGAGAGUGCCUACAAGGCGGUGGUGUGGAAGAUUGAGCGACUUCCCGACAAAAAUGCAGGUCCCGAUCAUCCUCAUUCUUUGUCCUACAAACUGGAGCUUGGAUCAGACCAGGAAAUCCCGGGUGACUGGUACCCGUUUGCCACUGUCCAGUUUGUGAUGCUGGACACCUGCGUCUCGGGGACUGAGGUCCGGUCUCUGGGGGUGGAGAGUGAUGUCCAGCCACAGAAACAUGUCCAGCAACGAACUUGCUACAACGUCCAGGUUGAAAUAGAGAAGAAGUGGAUUAAAAUCGAUGGCGAAGACCCAGAAAAAGCGGGUGACUGCGUAACUCAGUAGGGAGCGAGCGGCCUGGCAGGAGAUGCGAUUCCGAAAUGCAGAGUCCUAUUCUUGACCCGUGGGGUGUCCUCAGAGUAGCGGCCUUAGGACUGGCCCGGUGCUCUCUUUCCUGACGGUUAGGCCCGAGACCAAACAAUUGCAUGUUUCUGAUCUGCUCGUACCCAGUGUUUUGAUCUAACUAGCCCAGGCCAGUUUGCCUGAGGUUUUCGCUUGGAACUCAAAGACACUGUUAUUUCUGCAUGUGGCU